UCUAUAAAGAUAUAUUUACUUUAUACAAAGUAACGAUGGGCUAUGAUCCUUUAUGUACUCAAAUGCUGUAGCUCUUUUUAUCGGAUCUGUAUAAGUGUGUUGUAGGCGUGCUGUCGGAGGUUAUGUUGAUAGGAUAUUUAUAACAUAACUUAGGCCCAUCAUCUGGCCGCAGCCCAAACUGUGUGGAUUAUAGCUAGUUGCGGACAACGGUCAAACACCACAGUAAAACCAGACAACGAUCAAACACUACAGUAAAACCAGAAAAGUUCAAAUUAAAUAGGAAAAGAACAUGGCGGAGAAAGAAGCGUCUGCUGCUAAGAAGGAGCCGGUAAUACCGGUCGCUCGGCCUAGAGUGAGAGGUCUCGACCUUCUACGAGACCCACUCCUGAACAAGGGCCUGGCAUUCACCUUGGAAGAAAGACAGAUCCUUGGCAUUCAUGGUCUUAUGCCUCCUGCCCAAUUAAACCAAGAACAGCAGGUUUAUACAGUGAUGGAGAAUUUCUAUCGCUGGCAAAACGAUCUUGAUCGCUACAUCUAUCUCAUGGCUCUCCAAGACCGAAAUGAAAAACUUUUUUAUAAAGUAGUCUCAGAUCAUGUGGAGCUGAUGAUGCCAGUAAUCUAUACUCCAACAGUAGGGUUGGCCUGUCUCAAGUAUGGCCUCAUCUACAGAAAACCCAGAGGUCUGUACAUCACAAUCAAAGACAAGGGCCAUGUGGCCGAUGUUCUCAGUAACUGGCCAAUCGAUGAUGUUAAGGCUAUCGUGGUGACGGAUGGUGAGAGGAUCCUAGGUUUGGGAGACUUAGGAUGUUACGGGAUGGGAAUUCCUGUAGGAAAGCUGUCACUGUACACUGGACUGGCUGGCAUCAAACCAAACCACUGUCUUCCCAUCAUGCUCGAUGUCGGCACUAAUAACGAGACUUUACUCAAGGACCCACUGUACAUUGGUCUACGUCAGAAACGGGCACCGGGGCCCAAAUAUGACGAGUUUGUUGAUGAGUUCAUGUCAGCUGUUGUUGCUAGGUAUGGGCCAAGUACCCUGAUACAAUUUGAGGACUUUGGUAACCACAACGCCUUCAGGUUCCUAGAAAAGUACAGAAAGGGGUACUGUACAUUUAAUGAUGACAUUCAAGGUACAGCAGCGGUCGCUGUGGCCGGUAUACUGGCAAGUCUCAAAAUCACCUGCAAAUCUCUGCACCAGAAUGUGUUUCUGUUUCAAGGAGCAGGGGAGGCCUCUAUUGGGAUCGCCAAGCUGCUUAUGAUGGCUAUGAAAGAGUCGGGAAUGACGGAGACUGAGGCUCUCGAAAGGAUUUGGAUGGUUGAUUCUCGUGGUCUUAUUGUUAAGAAUCGUCCAUCAGGCGGAGUAACUGGGGAGAAGAUCUUGUUUGCCCAGGACUCCAAACCGAUUGACAAACUUGAAGAUGUAAUCAAGGAGAUCAAGCCCACAGCUAUCAUAGGAGCUGCAGCGGUGCCGGGUGCAUUUAAUGAGCAGGUAUUGAAGGACAUGGCUGCCAAUCAUGAAAGACCAAUCAUAUUUGCUCUCAGCAAUCCAACCAGUAAGGCAGAAUGCACAGCUGAACAGGCAUAUCAACACACUGAGGGACGGUGUGUUUUUGCUAGUGGCAGUCCAUUUAAAGAAGUGACCUAUGGUGGAAAGAAGUAUUGCCCAGGGCAAGGCAACAAUGCCUACGUGUUUCCUGGAGUGGCACUGGCUGUCAUUGCAUGUGACAUCAGAGUCAUCACUGAGGAAAUCUUCCUGGAGUCAGCUAAAUUACUGGCGGACAUGGUGACGAAGGAUAAUCUUGCUGAAGGUCGUGUCUACCCUCCCUUGUCCAACAUUCUAGAAGUGUCCACCAAGAUGGCUGUUGGUUUACUCGAGUAUGCUUACAUGAACAAGUACGCCCACCUCUACCCGGAGCCUGCUGACAAGGAGGCAUAUAUACGUUCCCUUCAGUACAACACUGACUAUGACAACUUUGUACCACCCAUGUACAGCUGGCCGGAGUCUAACAUGUAAGCUAUAAUACAAGCUGUGAUGUAACCAUCAGUCACCACCAGACGUAGAUGUAAUGAUGAUCUUUAGAAUUAAGUUGAUAUUACUGGGACAAUUUAUCUAUAUCAGAUUCACACAUAUAAAGAUGCUUCCAACUAGUUUGGUUUGAAGAAACUGUAUUUUGAUUGGAAAGCCAUGAAUCAAGUUUAGAUUUUGUGGUUAUUAUUGAAUGAUACUUCUGUAUGAUAUUUAUUUUUAUUUUGCCAUUGUUUCCAACUACAUCAAUCACUACUAUAGUAUAGACAUGAGCAAUAAUUUGUUGUUAAUGGAUUGAAUUAAUGUGAUCGCUGUGUUUACCUUAAUGUGUUGAUUACAGAGUGUCUAGGGAAGGGUUUGUAUAUUACUAACGUGUGAUGUUACACACUUUUACACUAUUUUGCAGUCGUGUUAUGUCACUGAUAGGUUGAAGUAUACCAUUAUGAUCUAUUCUUAUCUUUUUAUGUUGUUUAUAACUCUACGACAGCAAAGAUAUUUUUUAUCUUGGAUUUAGUUAAUUUGCUGUGUUUUUCACGUUAAAAAGUUUUAUUUUUAAAGUGUUUGUCACAGAUGAUCUUUUUGUUGUUAUACCUGUUAUAAGUCUGUGAUAAACUACAACAAAGGAUGAUUAUGGAACUAACCACACUCGGCUAACCUGACUGUCAUACAUUCCAAACAUCUACACAAAGUUUAGCUAUACCAAACACUGAGAAUGAAUACUUAAUUAUACAUUGAAUUACAUCACAAUUCAUGAAUAUUAUACACAGUUGAUGACAUCACAAUUCAUGAAUAUUAUACACAGUUGAUGACAUCACAAUUCAUGAAUAUUAUACACAGUUGAUGACAUCACAAUUCAUGAAUAUUAUACACAGUUGAUGACAUCACAAUUCAUGAAUGUUAUUAUACACAGUUGAUGAUUACUUACUUAUACAAAGUUAAACUUACUAUGCUGCUAUCUGUUGGAAAACAAUUUGUUGAAGUAUAUAUUCUUAUUUAAAGAUUUAAACUUCAAAAGUCUUAGAUCUCUGUCAGCUAUAAGAUCUCUGUCAGCUAUAAGAUUCAUGUCAGCUAUAAGGUAAAUGUCAGCUAUAAGGUUAAUGUCAGCUAUAAGGUCAAUGUCAGCUAUAAGAUCUCUGUCAGCUAUAGGAUUCAUGUCAGCUAUAAGGUUAAUGUCAGCUAUAAGGUUAAUGUCAGCUAUAAGGUCAAUGUCAGCUAUAAGGUCAAUGUCAGCUAUAAGAUCUAUGUCAGCUAUAAGAUCUAUGUCAGCUAUAAGAUUUAUGUCAGCUAUAAGAUCUAUAUAUGUCAGCGAUAAGAUUUAUGUCAACGAUAAGAUUUAUGUCAGCUAUAAGGUUAAUGUCAGCUAUAAGAUCUAUGUCAGCUAUAAGGUUAAUGUCAGCUAUAAGAUUUAUGUCAGCUAUAAGAUUUAUGUCAGCUAUAAGAUCUAUAUAUGUCAACUAUAAGAUUUAUGUCAGCUAUAAGAUCUAUAUAUGUCAGCUAUAAGAUCUAUAUAUGUCAGCUAUAAGAUCUAUAUAUGUCAGCGACAAGAUCUAUGUCAGCUAUAAGAUUUAUGUCAACUAUAAGAUUUAUGUCAGCUAUAAGAUCUAUGUCAGCUAUAAGAUUCAUGUCAGCUAUAAGAUCUAUGUCAGCUAUAAGAAUUAUGUCAGCUAUAAGAUGUUUUGGCCACCAGAUACAUUUGUAGUUAAGCGGUGAAGUGGUGGCCGCCACAUUAAUUAAUUUCACAACCACGAAAAAUGUAUUCUUAGUUGAGCCUUAUACUCUUUUGUACACUGGAUAUAUCUUCAUGACUUUAUACAAAGCUAAUUUUACUUUAUAAACAUGUAACCACAAUGAGUUCCAGCUGUAACAUUACAAUAUAGAAAACACUUUUCAGUAUUUUAAUAAACCAAGACGUUAAAAUGAUUACUGUCCAAGCAUUUUUACCUGUUACGUGUUUAUUAGUUUGUUUAGUUGUUGAUUUGUAGUAUUUGUUGUUUAAGUGAAUAAAAAAACCCUGAUUUGUUGACUUUCUCAUCACAUAAUCAAUAACUGACCUUUAACAUUGUGUGUUUGAUGUUUAGCACUUUGUGAUACUUUGUUUGACGACGUGAAGGAUUCUGUUGUGUUCUGUACAUGAGUGUUAACCUGUAGUAUUAACCCACAACACUGCAGUAACACCACAGUAAUCUGUAACCUGUAGUAUUAACGUACAACACUGUAGUGACACCACAGGAAUCUGUAACCUGUAGUAUUAACCCACAACACUGUAGUGACACCACAGGAAUCUGUAACCUGUAGUAUUAACCCACAACACUGUAGUGACACCACAGGAAUCUGUAACCUGUAGUAUUAACCCACAACACUGUAGUGAUACCACAGGAAUCUGUAACCUGUAGUAUUAACCCACAACACUGUAGUGACACCACAGGAAUCUGUAACCUGUAGUAUUAACCCACAACACUGUAGUGAUACCACAGGAAUCUGUAACCUGUAGUAUUAACGUACAACACUGUAGUGACACCACAGGAAUCUGUAACCUGUAGUAUUAACCCACAACACUGUAGUGACACCACAGGAAUCUAACCUGUAGUAUUAACCCAUUACACUGUAGUGAUACCACAGGAAUCUGUAACCUGUAGUAUUAACGUACAACACUGUAGUGACACCACAGGAAUCUGUAACCUGUAGUAUUAACCCACAACACUGUAGUGACACCACAGUAAUCUGUAACCUGUAGUAUUAACCCACAACACUGUAGUGACACCACAGGAAUCUGUAACCUGUAGUAUUAACCCACAACACUGUAGUGACACCACAGGAAUCUGUAACCUGUAGUAUUAACCCACAACACUGUAGUGAUACCACAGGAAUCUGUAACCUGUAGUAUUAACCCACAACACUGUAGUGACACCACAGGAAUCUGUAACCUGUAGUAUUAACCCACAACACUGUAGUGAUACCACAGGAAUCUGUAACCUGUAGUAUUAACGUACAACACUGUAGUGACACCACAGGAAUCUGUAACCUGUAGUAUUAACCCACAACACUGUAGUGACACCACAGGAAUCUGUAACCUGUAGUAUUAACCCACAACACUGUAGUGAUACCACAGGAAUCUGUAACCUGUAGUAUUAACCCACAACACUGUAGUGACACCACAGGAAUCUGUAACCUGUAGUAUUAACCCACAACACUGUAGUGAUACCACAGGAAUCUGUAACCUGUAGUAUUAACGUACAACACUGUAGUGACACCACAGGAAUCUGUAACCUGUAGUAUUAACCCACAACACUGUAGUGACACCACAGGAAUCUGUAACCUGUAGUAUUAACCCACAACACUGUAGUGACACCACAGGAAUCUGUAACCUGUAGUAUUAACCCACAACACUAGUGAUACCACAGGAAUCUGUAACCUGUAGUAUUAACCCACAACACUGUAGUGACACCACAGGAAUCUGUAACCUGUAGUAUUAACCCACAACACUGUAGUGAUACCACAGGAAUCUGUAACCUGUAGUAUUAACCCACAACACUGUAGUGACACCACAGGAAUCUGUAACCUGUAGUAUUAACCCACAACACUGUAGUGAUACCACAGGAAUCUGUAACCUGUAGUAUUAACCCACAACACCGUAGUGACACCACAGGAAUCUGUAUCCUGUAGUAUUAACCCACAACACUGUAGUGACACCACAGGAAUCUGUAACCUGUAGUAUUAACCCACAACGCUAUAGUGACACCACAGGAAUCUGUAACCUGUAGUAUUAACCCACAACACUGUAGUGACACCACAGGAAUCUGUAACCUGUAGUAUUAACCCACAACACUGUAGUGAUACCACAGGAAUCCAUUCUGUAUCCUGUAGUAUUAACCCACAACACUGUAGUGACACCACAGGAAUCUGUAACCUGUAGUAUUAACCCACAACACCGUAGUGACACCACAGGAAUCUGUAUCCUGUAGUAUUAACCCACAACACUGUAGUGACACCACAGGAAUCUGUAUCCUGUAGUAUUAACCCACAACACCGUAGUGACACCACAGGAAUCUGUAACCUGUAGUAUUAACCCACAACACUGUAGUGACACCACAGGAAUCUGUAACCUGUAGUAUUGACCCACAACACUGUAGUGACACCACAGGAAUCUGUAACCUGUAGUAUUGACCCACAACACUGUAGUGACACCACAGGAAUCUGUAACCUGUAGUAUUAACCCACAACACUGUAGUGACACCACAGGAAUCUGUAACCUGUAGUAUUAACCCACAACACUGUAGUGACACCACAGGAAUCUGUAACCUGUAGUAUUAACCCACAACACUGUAGUGACACCACAGGAAUCUGUAACCUGUAGUAUUAACCCACAACACUGUAGUGACACCACAGGAAUCUGUAACCUGUAGUAUUAACCCACAACACUGUAGUGAUACCACAGGAAUCUGUAACCUGUAGUAUUAACCCACAACACUGUAGUGACACCACAGGAAUCUGUAUCCUGUAGUAUUAACCCACAACACUGUAGUGAUACCACAGGAAUCUGUAUCCUGUAGUAUAACCCACAACACUGUAGUGACACCACAGGAAUCUGUAACCUGUAGUAUUAACCCACAACACUGUAGUAACACCACAGGAAUCUGUAACCUGUAGUAUUAACCCACAACACUGUAGUGACACCACAGGAAUCUGUAACCUGUAGUAUUAACCCACAACACUGUAGUGACACCACAGGAAUCUGUAUCCUGUAGUAUUAACCCACAACACUGUAGUGACACCACAGGAAUCUGUAACCUGUAGUAUUAACCCACAACACUGUAGUGAUACCACAGGAAUCUGUAACCUGUAGUAUUAACCCACAACACUGUAGUGACACCACAGGAAUCUGUAACCUGUAGUAUUAACCCACAACACUGUAGUGAUACCACAGGAAUCUGUAUCCUGUAGUAUUAACCCACAACACUGUAGUGACACCACAGGAAUCCAUUCUGUAUCCUGUAGUGUGUCUGACAGAGAGGAUAUAAUGUGUUAAUUAAAGGACAAAACAGUUUAUGAUGGAGUCCUUGUUAUAAGUGUAUAGAAUUCCAUAAUUCAGUUGUUACUUGUGCAAUUCCAUAUUUUAGAUUAUAUACCUUAUUGUUAAUAACUUGUUGUAAUUAAUGUACAAAUACAUAUCUACCUACAGUUUGAUGUCACCAAUGACCACUGUACUGAGGAGUCACCAAUGACCACUGUACUGAGGUGUCACCAAUGACCACUGUACUGAGGUGUCACCAAUGACCACUGUACUGAGGUGUCACCAAUGACCACUGUACUGAGGUGUUAUGUGGUGGUGUCACCAAUGACCACUGUACUGAGGUGUCACCAAUGACCACUGUACUGAGGUGUCACCAAUGACCACUGUACUGAGGUGUUAUGUGGUUGAGUCACCAAUGACCACUGUACUGAGGUGUCACCAAUGACCACUGUACUGAGGUGUCACCAAUGACCACUGUACUGAGGUGUUAUGUGGUUGAGUCACCAAUGACCACUGUACUGAGGUGUCACCAAUGACCACUGUACUGAGGAGUCACCAAUGACCACUGUACUGAGGUGUUAUGUGGUUGAGUCACCACUGACCACUGUAAUGAGGAGUCACCACUGACCACUGUGCUGAGGAGUCACCAAUGACCACUGUACUGAGGUGUCACCAAUGACCACUGUACUGAGGUGUCACCAAUGACCACUGUACUGAGGUGUCACCAAUGACCACUGUACUGAGGAGUCACCAAUGACCACUGUACUGAGGUGUCACCAAUGACCACUGUACUGAGGAGUCACCAAUGACCACUGUACUUAGGAGUCACCAAUGACCACUUUACUGAGGUGUCACCAAUGACCACUGUACUGAGGUGUCACCAAUGACCACUGUACUGAGGUGUCACCAAUGACCACUGUACUGAGGUGUUAUGUGGUUGAGUCACCAAUGACCACUGUACUGAGGAGUCACCAAUGACCACUGUACUGAGGUGUCACCAAUGACCACUGUACUGAGGUGUCACCAAUGACCACUGUACUGAGGUGUCACCAAUGACCACUAUCUUGGGGUGUUAUAUGGUGGAAUCUCCUGGUUUGUAUAAGGAAUUUAUAUGGUCACUAGCCAAAACAUGUUAUUGUUGAUAACUAUUUCAGGUUUAAAAUCUGAGACUUUUGCCUUGUCAAUCAAGUCGGACUUAGUCCAUAUCUAUACACUUUGCAGCAGAUAAUAUGUAUUUUAUCUUUAUAUUAUCUUAUUACUCUGUAAUUAUGUCACAUUCAUGUGUCCAUUCCAGGAUGUUUAUAACAUUGAAUUGAACUAGAUGCCAUCUGUAAUAAAUCUGUUUAUGUCUAGUUAAAAGUACUUUACUCAGACCUGGUGUUAAAGUAAAGUAACAUAUGUUCUUUGUGUAUGUAUAUACAUACCAGAAAUCCAUUUUACUACAUGUGUAUGUCCUAUCUUGACAAAUUGUUACCAGAUAUAUUUUUGUUUUACAUGUACUGAGUAUCUCUUCUAUUGACACUUUAUAUAUACAUUUCUAUAUCUACAAUAUGUAGUGUGAUAUUUACCAUAUAGUCAAUAAAUGGUUUAAAUU